AUGACUAAAGGCCUUGUACAAACUGCAUCUAACACUGAUCAACACCAUCAACAAAAUGGCACCACUCUAAGUCCCCAACAAAUCAUUAAUGUAUCUGAUCAAGAGCAUACACGUCAAUUAUGGUUGAAAGCAGAUUGCGUUUGUUUUGAUGUUGAUUCAACAGUAUGUAAAGAAGAAGCGAUUGAUGAAUUAGCGAAAUUUCAAAAUGUUGGACAUACUGUUGAACAAAUAACAUUAUCGGCUAUGGGUGGCAAUAUGAGUUUUCGUCAUGCAUUAAAACUACGUUUAAAUGUUAUCCAACCGACAAGCCAACGUUUAAGCGAAUUUUUAUUAAAACAUCCGCCACAAUUAACCGAUGGUAUUGUUGAAUUAAUUCAAUUAUUACACGAACGACAUGUACCAGUCUAUUUGAUCACUGGUGGAUUUCAUGCGAUCGUUGAUCCGAUUGCAAAACGUCUACAUAUUCCAUUGCAAAAGGUUUUUGCAAAUCGUAUACUGUUUGAUGAUGAGAAUGAUGGAAAUUACAUUGGUUUUGAUGAAAAUGAAUUUACAUCGGAUACGGGAGGAAAAGGACUUGUUAUUGAACAUUUAAAACGAACGAAAGGUUAUGAACGUUUAAUAAUGAUUGGGGACGGAGCAACGGAUAUGGAAGCAUGUCCACCAGCUGACGGUUUCAUUGGAUUCGGUGGAAAUAUAAUUAGAGACAAAGUGCGAGAUAAUUCACCAUGGUUUGUUACAUCAUUUUAUCAACUCAUUGACGAACUGAGAAAUAAUUCUAUCGAAAAUAUUCCGCAGAAUAGAAUUCGAAUAAAAAAUUAG